AUGGACCACCAUUGCCCCUGGACAAACAACUGCGUUAGCCACACGACCUUUCCUCACUUCGUGCGUUUCCUCCUAUAUACUACCCUAGGACUCUCCCUCCUCCAAUCAUUCCUCUUCACCCGCCUCUCUCACCUCUGGUCCAAUCUGGACAUGCCCUCCUACCUCGGUCCCUCACCCUUCCAACUAGGCCACAUGUUUGCUGUCCUAAUCACAAACUCAAUCACCCUCUUCGUCCUGGGUGUCCUCCUCCUACGAAACCUCUGGUGCCUUUCUAUCAAUCAGACAACAAUCGAAGGAUGGGAGAUCGAACGCCACAAGACCCUCCUACGCCGUGCUCGCCAAUACGGCGGCUACCUCACCACCCCAGAAGGCAACAAGAUGCGGAUCCGGAAACAAGAAUUCCCGUACGAUAUCGGAAUCUGGUCGAACAUGGUCCAGGGUAUGAACUCAAGGAAUCCAAUAAACUGGUUCAACCCUUUUGCUGCUACACCCAGUUUGAGUAGUGGUCUGAGUUUCGAGACGAACGGCUUUGAGGAUGAGGGCACGGUUUGGCCGCCUCCAGACCCAGAUCGUGCGUACAGGAGGAAUGCGACAGCGGUUAAUGCUGAUGCAUUCCGGUAUGCGGAAUCAGAGCUGAACGCAGAGGACACUGUGGCUGCGUUCAAGGCGAGACAAGCGGAGGAUGCAGUGAGGAGAAGGAGGCCGUAUGCUGGAGCGACGGAUAGAGAAGAGGACGAUGCUGAAUUGGGUAGAAAUGAAGAGGACUUUACGUACGGGGAUGAUGCGAGCGACGAAGUUGGAUACGAAGAAGAAGAAGAAGAGCUUGAGAGGACAAAGGGUGGCAAAGGGAGAGAAGGCGAGGCAGCGUGGCGAAAUUCAGAGGGCGAGCGAUUGAAGGACUUCGGGGUGGAUGAAGAUGUAGAGUUCUACGACGAGCAAGACGAUGACCUGCCAUUGAGCGAACUUAUCGCUCGAAGACAAGCCGCAGCCGCAGCCGCAGACAGUCACUGA